AUGAUUAAACAACAGCAACCACAGCAACUUAAGACACAAAGCACCCAGGUCCUUCAAACCAUUACAUACGCCAUAUAUGCAUAUAAUUCAAAGACGGCAGAACAAACGCAAAGGUUGAAAUAUGGAGAUUUGGAGAUAGUAUUGAAAAAUGACCAUUUCGAAUUCGUUUGCAAGGGUGGUGCAGUGAUAUCAAAUAUAAAAGAAAUUUUAUUUAUGAAUUCAAAAAUUAAAGGUAUAACGGAUGAUAUAACAUCAAUUCCACCAGAAGAACAAAGAUAUUACGCAUUAAAUGCAUUUCCUAAAGUUUUGAAGAUUAGAAGAUUUAAUUUAAAUGAGGAAUUCAUAAAAGGUUUCCUAAAUGACAUAAUGAAGAAAGCAGAUAAGGAAUAUGUGGAUAGUGAGUUAAAUAAGAAGGCAGAUAAGGAAUAUGUGGAUAGUGAGUUAAAUAAGAAGACAGAUAAGGAAUAUGUGGAUAGUGAGUUAAAUAAGAAGGCAGAUAAGGAAUAUGUGGAUAGUGAGUUAAAUAAGAAAGCAGAUAAGGGAUGUGUUGCUGCUGUGUUAGAGAAGAAAGCGGAUAAGGAAUAUGUGGAUGAAAAAGAUAAUGAAAUUAAAGAAAUGGUUGAAUGGUAUCAUGAAUGGACAUCAAAGAUUUUAAAAACUAAAGCUGAUACAGGAUGGGUUUCAGGAUGUUUAGACCUUAAAGCGGAUAAAACAUAUGUUAACGAUGAGUUAGAGAAGAAGGUAGAUAAGGAAUAUGUUAACGAUGAGUUAAUGAAGAAGGCAGAUAAAACAUAUGUUAACGAAAUAUACCAAAGUUUGAUAGGAACAAAAAAUAUUGAAACUAUUGUUGGUGACUUUUCUGUCAAUGAAGAAAAUAAAUAUUUUAGAUGGCAGUUUGUACACUCCUUAAAAAAUGGUAUACGGUGGAAACUCAUUCCGAAAAAUAACAAUGAAAUGUAUGUAAGUUAUAAAAAGAAUGAUGACACACAAGUUAAAGUUCCAUUAGACAACAACUGUUACUUAAACUUAUAUGGAGACGAACAAAAGAAAUAUUUAAGAGUUUAUGAAAUGGCAGAUAUGACAUUGCCUGACCCAGCUCCAGCACCAUAUUAUUAUGACUAUGGAGAUGAUGUCAGAACACCACAUAUAGAUGAACAAAAGUUAACAUUAUAUUUAGAUUAUUAUAGAUAUAAAAGAUAUAAUGCAAUAGAAAAAACGAGAAUAGUAUAUUAUUAUACAGAUGACAGAAAUAAAUAUUAUAGUCAAGAUUUUACCUACCCUGAAAACAUAAGAUUAUAUUAUAAAAAAUAUUCUGACACAAACCAGAAGAAACCUGAAAUAGUUACACUAUAUCUUAAGUUCAAAAGAGACAAUCCUAUAAUAUCUCAUAUGUUUGAUUUAAUGAACCCAGUGGGUUCUAUUUAUACAUCUAUGGAUGCAAGAGGUCCUCAAGUAAUGUUUGGUGUUGGUGCAUGGGAACAAAUAGUUGACAGGUUUUUGUAUUGUGCAAACUCUUCAAAGGAAACCGGUGGUUCAAAGAAAAUUACUGAAGCAAACCUUCCACCGCACACUCAUACAGGAACUACAAACACAUCAGGUAAUCAUACACAUUCAUUAAGAGACCAUCCAUUAUACAACUCAGAAUAUUAUGCUGGCAAUGACGUUUUAUCUCCAGGUUAUAACCAUUCAGCAAAAAAGACUUUUCGACCAACUGAACCAGGAGGAAAUCAUUCACAUACUUUCACAACAAAUCCAACAGGCUUGGGUAAAGAUUAUAUGCCACCAUUUAUGACUGUAUUCGCAUGGUACCGCAUUUAUUGA